AGAUGACGACGACCACCACGUUUCAAGGGUUAGACCCCGGUUCUAAAAGCAGUUCCAGGGUACUACGGCCGCCUGGUGGGGAGUCCAACUUCUCUCUUGGCUCAGAUGAAAACUCAACCCCCCAACGGAAGAACAAGAUGGCCUCUAGCAUCUUUGCAGAACCCGAAGAUCCCCAUGCUCAUCGAAGAAACAAUCCACCAACUGGGGUUCCUACAGGAACCCUGUGCGGUGAGCCUUCUGCCCCCCUCAGGAGGGUCCAGCAGCCUCUCCUCUUCCCCAAGAACCCCGAGCCAGAACUGACCACCAUCCACAACUCUGGAGCCGCCAUGAUCUGGAACCAGAGACGAGAGGGUGAGAACGGCCAGGAACAAGCAAACGAUGAGAGCCCUGAAGAGGUGGAUGGGGAGCUGGAGGAGCCCGAGCAGAAGGAGUCGUCACAGGCCCCCGCCCCGUCGGGAGGUGCCAACGCUGCCGCGGGCGGCCGGAGAAACCCUCCUGGAGGCAAAUCCAGCCUCAUCCUGGGUUGAGACAACUCCUUUUUCUUUACUUUCUUUUUUAUAUAUAUAUUUUUUUCUUCAUUCAGUCACUCUUUUUUUUUAUUUUUUUGAAGAUAAAAACACCCCCCGCCACUGUCUUCCUCCUCAUCAACAUGCCACUGUCUCUUCUUGUCCUCCUUCCCAUGCCGUCGCGUCCGUGGACUCUCAUGUCCUCUCACUCCACCCUCAAACCUUUUGUUUGAUCCUUUUUUUUCUAUUGAAAGAAGAAAACUGUUGACAAAAGCACUUUAUGUAUCUCCCACACCCUCCCAUUUCAGCCCAUCCUGUAGUGCAUCGCGCCUGCUGGGAAAGGCAUGACAUGAUUUUAGCUUGUCCCUCAUUCCUUCCUUCGUUGUAAAUGGUAAAACAAACAAACAAAAAAAAACUAAAAAAGAUUUGAUGUGUGGAUUUCUAAAUACAAUAAAGAUUCAUAUGAAAUUGCA